AUGAAACGAACACUAGAACGGAUAAUCAGAAUUCAAUCACAAUGUAGGCUGGCAUCAUCAACAGUUGCUAAUGUCUCGAUCAGUCCAACAACAACAAGUGGAUUACAGAAAAAAGAAACAAAAAAUGAUGACUGGAAAGCCGAAAUACUGAAAAUUCUUGAGAUAGAGCACAAACAAAAAAAGAGAAAAUUAUGGAAACAGCGAGUUGAUCAGCAUGCGAUGGCUGAUAUUGUCCGAUUUACUCUAAAAGAUGAUGUGCAAUCACUCAUACGAUUGACUGAAAAUCAAUUGAGAAGUCGAUUAUCACCUGAGAUUGUUCCUAUUUGCCUUCUCGUUCUCAAUAAGAAAAUGGAAAAAGUGUUGAAAAAAGUGGAAUCAAUUGAAUCGAAUCAAUCACUUUCAUUAUUCAUUGGAAUUUCAGAUUUGUGGAGAUCACUGAAAAGGAAUGAGAGUAAUACAACAUAUCUAAUGGCUCUUCUUUUAUUGAAUAACUCAAGAAAAUGGAAAGAUCAACGAUCGUUUGACUCGAAGAAUUCAAAAGUUAUUGACGAUUUAUUCGAUUCGAUGGAACAGAAAAUGAGACAAUUUGCUGCUAAAUCAAUCAAUAUUUCGGAAGAUCAACAAUUUGAGAUUUUCAUAAGCUCAGAAGAUCAGAAAACGAUUAGAAAAGAGUUGAAUAUGAUGAGAAGUUUCUAUAUUCCAGCUGGGAAGAAACUACAAGGAACACGGUAUUCUGAAGAUUUGGAGUUAGUUUCACCCCUUCAGAGAAAUUGUUCUUCGGAAGAUUAUCAUCAGAAUCCAUUUCAAGUUAAUAAUAUAGAGAAGAAAAAGUAUAAACAGUUGUUCGAAGAUCAUCUGAAAUUAGAGUCUUCAAUGUGGAUACAAGUGAAGAAUAGUGUCGACAGAGAGAAAAGUGAUGUAUCUGGAGAGGAAUUGAUUAAUCAAUGGAGUUGGAAAAGAAAAAUUGCUGAUGGAUUGAAGAAGAUUGAUCCCAACGAUACUCAUCCAUUGGUGUCAACAUGUCUCGAACUGCUUCCACGAGAGAAGCUUGUCGAAACUCUUUAUUUUACUGCUAUGGCUGCAUGCUCUCAAGGACAAAAUCUGAUCGGAGCAACUCAAUUUCAAUUUGAUGUCAUUGAUCCAAUACUGAAAGAACUUGGAAAUGUCUUCAAAAAAGAAAUGGGAUUCAAUGAAAACGAGAUCUGGAAACGGGUCUUCGAUAAUUACAUUGAAUAUUUCACAGCCGAUUCAGAAGUUUCACGUCAGAAUACACAUAGAGAAUGGUGGGAUAAAGCAUGCAAAACGCAGAAUCUCGCAUCGAAUUUCCAAUUCAAUUUGGGAAAUAUGGAUGCUGAAACGAGAAAUCAAGUGUGCAAUGUCAUCAUUAACGUCCUUUUCGAUGCAUGUCUCUUCCCAGUUGAGGCGAAAGAUUCUGGAAAAAUAACGUGGCAACGAGCAUUCUCCUAUCGUUCAAUUUCAAUAGAAGAAGAGUCAAAACUAUCAACUGAUUGUCGAUUAUCACUCUCCAGAAUGCUUUCAAUCAACUCGAAGUUAAUGGCGAUGUUCGAUAAGAAUCCAUUCGAUUUCAUUGUAUUUUCCACUUCAAAUCUGCCAAUGACAGUUCCUCCACGGCCAUGGAUUGAUAAAGGAACGGGUGGUCCGUUAUACACAGUUGGCCAAGAUAUUAUCAGAAAUAUGAUGGAAUUCAAAUCAGUACGUCUGAAUGAUGAAAUGAGACAAAGGAUAACAUCGCCAUCACAAGGCAGACCUGUUUUCGAUGCAUUGAAUCAGUUGGGAUCAACUCCAUGGGUUAUCAAUGAACCAAUGUUGGAUACUUUGAAGACUGUUUUCAACAAAUCGAAUCAAAAAGAUUCAGAAGAACUUUUAGAGAAAUUGGGAAUUCCGAUGAGACAAGACACUUUUGAUGUUCCAGAUUUUGUAACAGAAUUUGGAAAAGUGAAAAAAGAAGACAUUGACGUGGAGAAAUUUAGGGGAUAUGCAAAGAGGAAAGCAGAGGCGAUAAAGAUGAGAAACGAAAGUAAUUCUUUAUGGUGUUGGAUGCUCUAUCGUGUUGUCCUUGCUGAUCAUUUCCGUGGUCAAACCCUCUUCUUCCCCCACAACAUGGAUUUCCGAGGUCGUGUCUACCCACUUUCGCCAUAUCUCUCACAUAUGGGAGAUGACGUGAAUCGUUGUAUUCUAAAGUUUGCCAAAAGCCAGCCACUUGGAUCGAAAGGAUUCGACUGGCUGAAACUGCAUUGUAUCAAUUUGACAGGAACUAUGAAACGAUCAAGUGUAACUGACAGAAUGGUGGAAGCCGAACGUCUUCUUCCCAUGAUUCUGGAUUCUGCUCGUGACCCUCUUGGUGGUGAGAAAUGGUGGAUGUCAUCAGAUGAGCCAUGGCAGACACUCGCGGCAUGUGUUGAAAUCGAACAAGCUAUGAGAUACGGUAGUGACGUAGCAUCAUUCAAAAGUCAAUUGCCAGUUCAUCAAGACGGAAGUUGUAAUGGAUUACAACAUUAUGCUGCAUUGGGAAGAGAUAAUGAAGGAGGUGUUCAAGUGAAUCUCACACAGUCUGAUACUCCCAAUGAUGUCUACUCUGAUGUUGCUCAGAGGGUAGAACAAAAAAGAAAGCAAGACGAAGAAUCGAACGGAGACGAUCGUGACGUGGCACUGAAACUUCGUGAUGCUCUUCCACAGAAUGUUCCACGAAAAGUAAUCAAACAGACAGUGAUGACGACAGUUUAUGGUGUGACAAUGUAUGGAGCAGUUCUUCAGAUUAAGAGACAACUCAAAGCAUUGGAUAUUCCUGGGGAAGAUGCGGCUAUAUUUGCCCGUUAUCUCGCUCGGAAGACAUUUGCCAGUUUGAACGAUGCUUUCACAAGUUCUAUGGCACUAAAAGAUUGGUUCCGUUUGAUUGCAAAAGGAUCAAGUGAUUUAAUGAAAACAGUUGAAUGGAUUACACCAUUAGGACUACCAGUUGUUCAACCAUACUGUAAACUUACUGAGAGAAAAUCAAAAUUGGUUUUGGUUCCGAUUCCAAUGAAACAAGUUGAUGCUUUCCCACCGAAUUUCGUGCAUUCAUUGGAUUCCACUCACAUGAUGCUUACUUCUUUGAAUUGUGCUCAUAGAGGAAUAACAUUUGCCGCUGUCCAUGAUUGUUUCUGGACUCACGCAAAUUCAGUUGAUGAAAUGAAUGCAAUCUGCCGUCAACAAUUUGUGUCACUUCAUUCUCAACCGAUAGUUCAGCAAUGCUCGGAAUGGUUCAAAACAACUUAUUUGACCCCAAGAAUGCAGAAGAUCCUGCCAUCUUCAGAGUUCGAGAAGUAUACCGAUAUUUUCACUGCUAAAGUUAAACAAGGGGAACUGGAUAUUGAAAAAGUCAAGGAUUCUGUAUAUUUCUUCAGUUGA